UCCUCCUUCUGUUUCACUGACUGUAUGAGGGCUUACAGGUGAACUGUUGAUCUUCCUGGUUCUUGUAAAGUUCUGAACACAAUCUGCAGAGCUGGAAGUGAACCGGUACUUUUUCCAGCAUGCAGGGGGCGCUGUUUGCUGGUAAACUUUGCUCUGGGCAGGUCUAGAACUGCCCCCCGCCCCGUCCUGCUGCAGUUCACAGCUCAGACGGACGCAGUCCCUGGAGUCCAGUUUGAGGACCGCGGACUAGUUGCCCGCAGCAGCCCAUGCAGCGCGUGUAGCCAGGCGCACGGGUCGCAGGUGUGUGAGCCGCCGAGCGGAUGAAGACCAGCAGGAAAGAGGAGAAGCAGUGAAACAUGAGCCGCCACCACCAGGGAGUGGUUCUGACGGCUUACCACAGCAGCGCGCGGGACGAGCCGCAGACUGGACCGGGCCCGGACCCCCAGCUCGCUGCGUCCAGCCGCAAAAUGGGACACUACACUCUGCAGCAGAACCACGAUCCACAGCACAGAGACAAACACGAGACCGCCAUCAGCGCUGACUCAUCACUGCUCCCAAAGCCAAACUCUGCCCCCAGCACCAAGUCUCAGCUCUCGUCCAGCCCCAAGUCAACCAUCAGCCCUCGACACAGUCCCAACACUCGACCGCGGCCCACGUGUCAGCGCAGCAGCUCUCAGGACUCUUUAGAUGAGCUGCAGAUGGAUGAUUACUGGAAGGAAGUGGAGAACAUCUCUUGCUCCGGAGGAGGAGGUGGCAAAGGAGAAGGAGAACCUCAAGAAGAGGAACAUCAGAAAAAUCCUGAAGAAGGAGAGCAGGAGGAGGCGUGGCUUACAGAGGCGGGGCUAGCACGACUGUUUGAUGAUUCGCUGGCAGCUGAUGACCAGGAUCAGGAAGAAGACAGUGCAGUCUUCCUGUCCACACUGACCAGAACACAGGCUGCAGCUGUGGAGCGCCGUGUGCAGCAGACGCUGUUACGCCGACGCAACCGGCAGCACCUCCCGGAUGUUCGCGACAUAUUCAAGCCUCCAGAGAAGGAUGAGGAGUGUCACCAAUUGCAAAGGAGAAGUGAGAAUGGACCAAAAGAUGCUUCAGCAGCUGAAACAGAGACGGAGCUUGACGUUGAAGUGGCCUUUUCUGAGCAGGCCCUCUCUUACUGGGACAAUCAGCAGAAAGCAAAGGUUACCAACAACCUGAACCCCCCUGACGACAAACUCCCGAACUUCAAGGUGCUUCGAGUUAAAACAGGUCAGACCAGAGCUGAAGAUCUAUCUCCUUUGGAUAUGAUUAAGGUGCGCAGGCUGUUGCUAGUGGAAAUGACGGCUCUGUUUGACACGGCCGGGAUUGACCUGAAGACACACAAACCCGUCAAACUCAAGACCAGAGAUAGCGGUUUGUUUGGCGUCCCUCUCAACACUCUAUUGGAUCAGGACCAGAGACGGGUCCCCGGAACCAAAGUGCCUUUAAUUCUGCAGAAGCUCAUCAGUCACAUUAAGGAGGAGGGCUUGGACACUGAGGGGCUGUUACGGAUUCCUGGAGCAGCCACCAGAGUCAAGGCUCUGUGCCAGGAGCUUGACUCUUCUUUCUGUGAGGGGACAUUUCCAUGGCAACAGGUGAAACAACACGAUGCCGCGAGCAUUUUGAAGCUCUUCAUCAGGGAGCUGCCGCAUCCUCUACUGACUGUGGAGUACCUCAAUGCUUUCAUAGCAGUCAACAAGCUCCCCACGAAGAAGCAGCAGUUACAGGCUCUGAACCUGCUGGUCCUGCUGUUACCUGAAGCCAAUCACAACGCACUGAAGGCAUUGGUGGAGUUUUUUCAACAAGUGAUCGACCAUCAGGCGCAGAAUAAAAUGACUCUGAACAAUGUUUCUGUUGUUAUGGCGCCCAACAUCUUCAUGUUUAAAGGAUUCAGGUCUAAAGUCUCAGAACAUAAGGAGAUCUCCAUGGCAACCAGUACCGCCAACAUUGUCAGGCUGCUGAUCAGAUAUCAGAAUCUUCUGUGGACAAUCCCCAAGUUUAUUUUAGACCAGGUGAGACAGCACAACAUGGAAAGUCAAAGGAAGCCCAACAAUCAGAGGGCUGUCAGGAAGCUGCUGAAGAAGAUAACCACAGACAAACCCUCCGAAAAACCCAUUCCUGAGGAGAGCUCACAGGGAUUCAUUCGAGUUCAAGCGCCCCAGUUUAGUAAAGUCUCCAUGGCAGUGCAGCUCACUGAGGAUCUGCAGGCUGUCGACGUCUUAACACGCUUUCUCAGCCAGGACAGGUUGGUGACAGCGAAAAAAGAGGAUUUGUGUCUCUUUGAGAUUGGUGGAAACAUCAAGGAGAGAUGCCUUGAUGGAGAAACAUACAUGAAGGACCUCCACCAUCUAAACCCUACAGCCGAGUGGGUCAUCAAGCUUGUACAGAGAUAAGCAACCCAUUACAGAGGAUCAACUCUAAACAAUGCUGCCCCAUAUUCCACAUGGAAAUCCCAUUCUGAGAUGACAAAUAGUCACAGAAACAGUUGUCUAAUUCUAGCAUGUAUUGAACUGCGUCUAAUCUAGAUAUAGAUUGAGUAGCACAGCUUGACGGUCAGGUGUAUAGCACCACCAGAUGCUUCAGGGAUAUCAAAGCUGCUAAAACAAUCUUGAAAUGCAAAUUCCUUUCCUUUAACCUGACACAAGCUGCCUAAUGCUACUUGGUGGAAUUUCAGAGGUCAAAACCACUAGUCAAAAUUCAAGGACGGGUGCCCAGGUAAGAGAAAACUUCCUGUCCAAAGACUUUUUGAUACAUCUGUGAACUGGUGAAAAAACCAUUUACAAUUUUUAAUCUGUCUCUCAUUUUUUAACCAUUUUAGCAUUAUAUUAUGAAUCACAAACAUGCCGUCAUCUUCAACACACAGUGACAACAUUGUACUGUUUUUAAAGGUGCAUUCAUGUUCCGAACACAAGAUGAGAACAUUGUUUGAGUGUGUUUAAAAGAAAAAACAAGUAUGCUCAUUGUAGUAUAACCUGUUUUGGACUAAAUGUAUGCUGUUGAUUGUAAAGUGCUCAAUCUUAAAUGGUAAAUUGCCUAUUUCAGUUAUUCUUCUUGACAGGUGUUGAACAUCUUCUGACCUCAAACAUCUGCAUACCUAAAUCUAAGUUUGCAGUCACCUGUCAUAUGUCCUCUGCACUGCAAUGUCGCUCUUCACUCAUGUGUGUUCUCAUGUUUGUCUUUAAAUGACAUGUUCUUUCUCAUUCUGCCUCUUAAAUGACCACUGACACUGCCUGUGAAUAACCACAGUCAGAGACCAGCUGUAUCUGUGGGUACAAGAGUAUGACGUCAUCUUUGUGCCACUAAAACAAGAACAAAAGUCACGGCUUUAAAAUGACAUUUUUCAAACUUCAAUUAUUUCAAUUAACUCAGAUUUUGCAUUUUACAAUGCAAAUGAGUAGAAAUGUGCACUGUAUUUCACUGAUGUUCUUUUAAUAAAUUUAUUUCUUUAAAAAAGAAA